GCUUUUGCAUUAUCCCAAACGCGACCUGGAUGAGAUUGAAGAUCGAAGAUUGCAACCCUGCAACCCCUUUUAGGUUUGGAGACGACAAGCUUGACCAUCAUGAGAGAAAAAGAUACUAAACGUAUAAGUAGAGGAUAUGGUCGACAAUGGCUGAAGAUGGUCUGACCGAAGGCAAAGCUUUUGGCGGCGAUGUUAAUUUGGAGCAAGUUGACACCACUCCACCCGAUUCCACCAUCAACGACACGGCAGAUGGGGACAUCACGCAGGACUCACAGCCGAAUGGUGUUGGCAGCGGUAGCAAUUGUCAGCAUCAACAAGAACAACAACUUCAACGAAAGCCAAGAGCAGGUACAUUGCAAUUUCUCGCCCCCGAGAAAGAGAAGGAGAAAUUAAAGGGCAAAUCUCACAAGGAAUCAGCUCUGAGGAGAAAUCAACCGCAAACGGGGCCACGAAAUGGCACUUUGCGCUUUCUAAAACCCAGUGAUGUUGAGAAGGAAAAGGAAAAGAUUGCACAAGCGAAACCACAACUCUCACAAGCCAAGACAGCGCCAGAGGCGAAUAACGAUGUUGGUGAGGUAGGCCACGAUACUACUCCUGCCAGUGAGUGUUGCAGCUUCCCAAAUAAUGGAAAGCAACAGAUUCUACUUUCUGAUGGGGCACAAGAACCAGGGGCAUACUCCGAAGCUCCUGGUAUGACCGUACAAAGGACCAAUCGGCCCCGCUUUUCUCUACUAGGGGUUGCGGCUCCAGCAGAACCCAUGGAUGACCUCAGCAGCAGCGAUGCUAGUCAGAGGUCCAUUGUUCUGGAAGGAGAAAAUUGUGAAGAUCACCAACCGGAUGACAACCCAGGAUCUUUGAUCUACGGCAAUGCCAACAGUCAAACGAUGCCUCGGGGACGCAGCAAUCAUGAAUACAAUGCUGGGGCCACUACUGUCACCGAUAGCAGCAACGGCAAUGAGAAUGACUUGGCUGUGGCUGAGUUGGUGGAAGCGGAUGAUGCGUCAAAAGAGCUUCCGCAGGCUUCAGAAUUUGACGUGGGCGAAUCAAUGCGCCGGAAGGAAGAAUCAAUGAAACGAUUCAAAACCAAUAUGCUGCUGUUGACAGUCUUCUUCACCACUGUUGUUCUGGUUCUGGUUACAGUUUUGGUGGCCACAAAGGAGACAGAGGAACCAGAAUCACUGCCUCCCGUGGAAUCACCCAAUAGCGUAUCUUCUCAACCAUCAGAUGUGAAAGAUUCUUUGCUGGCAUUUUUCCCUGAGGAUACUGCGGAGGCCAUACAAAGGGACCCUCUGUCUCCCCAAUCUCUAGCUUUCCAAUGGCUGCUAGAUGAUCAAGAUUCUCUGUCAAAUGGUCCCGCAAGACAAAGAUUUGCAUUGGUUGUCCUCUAUCAUGCCACCAAUGGAGAUUCAUGGGAUAACAGAACGCACUGGCUCAACCACAGCAUACAUGAGUGUGACUGGUUUUCCAAGCCAAGUUUGGCAUUGAAGGAUUCAGCGUUGCUUUUGUAUCCUGGGUUUCUCACAGAGUUUGAAUCGUCAGCUUCAACGUGCAACAGCGAUGGUCUUUAUCAACAUUUGUGGCUUGACCAGAACAAUCUGGUGGGAAGUUUACCGGAUGAACUCUACAUGCUAACAACACUUCGGUCUCUCUCUACUGGAUUGAAUAGGCUGCAUGGAACCAUUGCAACUCUUGUUGGCAAGCUAACAAAGCUACAGCAUUUGGCCAUUUACAAUCAGCAAGAAUCAGGUGCAAUACCCUCUGAGCUGGGCCUCUUGACCAGGCUCAGAGGCCUUGGCCUGGGCAAAAAUGACCAUACAGGGAUGGUGCCAACAGAAGUGUGGCGGCUGACCAAUUUGGAGACUUUUGUUGCAACGGAAAACCCUGGUCUGAAAGGCACCAUCUCCACUGAGAUUGGUCACUUUUCCAAGCUUCGGUGGCUUUUGAUUGGUGAUAUGGAUCUUACAGGCACCAUUCCGACUGAGGUUGGUAGGCUCACUCUGCUGGAAUGGCUUGUAAUGAACGGGAAUAAUUUGACCGGCUCAAUACCGUCUGAAUUUGGAGCCCUUCAGGAUGCACUGAACAUGGACUUGUCUCAAAAUUUGCUUGAGGGGAAUCUGCCCAGCGAGUUGGGACUCCUGACAUCGCUGACGCUUUUGAUGGCUAGUGGAAAUAAAAUAUCUGGCUCCAUUCCAAGUGAAUAUGGCCUUCUCUUGUCCUUGACUCUGGCUCUCGGUUUCCAAGCUAUCUGGUACAAUACCCGUGCAGCUAGCCAACCUGGCUUCUCUGCAGGGGUUACAUCUACAGCAGAACCGGCUCUCCAGCCAUGUUCCUAGUGAAUUUGGCAAGCUCGCAUCUUUAGGUCUGUUGAACCUUGCCAACAAUUCUCUGUCUGGGUCUGUGCCUCAAGAACUGGAAGCUCUCCAACCAAUGCUUUUUGCUUUGAACUUGGAGGGAAAUCCACUCUUGUCAGGGGUAUUUCCAGAGUCCCUCUGUAACAUUGAUGGCACGUGUAUUCAAACACCAUUGCUACCAUGUGAAGGAAACUAUGGAGUCCAUUUUGACUGUAGUAGCUUGAUAUGUGGUUGCGAAUGUCCCUGCGAAUGAGUUCAUAGGUCCGUAGAAUAACUUCCCUACUUUAGACCCCCUCCCUCAUCAUCAGU